CUUCCGGUGGAGAUUUAUUGCCUGACCAGUGACGAAGCGGCGGUGUUCAGGUAAAGAAAUGAUUUAUUGUUGAAGCAAGUCAUACUUUAAUACGGUAUAACUACGUAUACCUGAACGUCAAGUCCACGCAGACCACCAUCAUUAAAAUGAACGUUUGGUGAUUUGAACCGAAGAAAAUGAGUACCAGUUCAAAACACCGGCAGUUUCACCAACGUCACGAUGUUUUCGACUGCGAGGACCACGGGUGUUGUUCACACGCCACAGGUACGCCUUCAGUGUUUCAAACCCUACAUGAACUGGAUUUUAGUCGUGGCAUUUGGAGCGCAGCGAUGGAUGGUGAUAUCAAGAAGGUGGCUGAUUAUUUAAACAAAGGAGGAGAUGUCAAUACGCAAGACAAUUCUGGAUACACAGCUCUGCAUUAUGCCAGCAGAAAUGGUCAUCUGGCUGUGUGUGAGCUGUUGCUGACCAGUGGUGCCAGUGUGAAUGUCCAGACCAGGGCAGGAGCUGCUACCCCCUUACACAGAGCUGCAUACUGUGGACAUCAGGACAUUCUGCAGCUUUUAAUGAAGUAUGGAGCUAGGGAAGACAUGGUGGAUUCUGAUGGGAAGACAGCAUUGCAUAAGGCUGCAGAAAAUGGGCACAGUGGUUGCAUGGCUUUGUUAGUAGAGAAGAACCCAAGUCUGAAGUCGGUGGCUGAUGUCAGAAAUAAACUACCUAGAAAUUAUGUGGCAAACGAAAGGACAGACCUGUUACAAGUUCUGAGCUGAUAAAUUGCUUGAUAUGGCUCUGAAUCCUUCUUUAAAAUGUAUUAUGCAAAAUACUGAAUAUAUGUUUUAUAUGACACUACAGAGUAUAAAGUGGACUUGAUUUCCAUUAUUCUCAAAUCAAAAGAAUUAUGAAAAAGUACCAAUGAAAAAUAAACCACAGUUAUAAACAAAGUAUGCAUGUUUUUAAUUUUUAUAUAUAAACUGAGUAGAUAUUCUGCCCAAUAUGUCUAUCUGUACUGUCAACUUGUGACACAUCUGCCAUGCUGUAUUUUUGCUUAUAUUUAUUACUUAAAAUUUACAGAUUAGCUUUGUUUGUUGAAAAAAAGGUUUCUUUCCUUGGGAAACCAGAAUGAUCAUAUUAUUUUUAUAAAAGU